UUCCUAUAGUUUUCAUAAAAUUAUAAAAAAGUUAAAAUAGAUGGCGCUAAAAACAAAAUGGCGGCCUUCAGCAGCAUGCUCGCUGCUUCUCGUGUUUGUAGAUAUAUUAGAAAUAUACGUCUGCCUAAUGCUAGGAGCUCUACUUUGUCAGCUAAACCUGUUUUGGUUCAAGUAUCUUCGCAAGAUGAGUCACGUGGUAAGGAAACCAUUGUUUUCAACCCUUUGGAUCAUCCAGAUUUCUUCAAUGUAAAAGCCAUGAUUAAUAUAAAAGAACUGUUUGAUGCAAAAGUCCACCUAGGUCACAAAGAAGGAACGCUUAACGAACAUAUGAAGCCAUAUAUUUUUGGAUCCCGUUUGGGUCAUUUAAUAAUUGAUUUAGAUCAAACUGUAGAACAUUUACAGAAAGCUUUAAAUUUUCUUUCUCACAUCGUUUAUCAGGACGGUUUGGUAUUGUUUGUGACUCGCCACAGACAAACUGCUUAUUUAGUGGAGAAGACUGCAAUGGAAUGCAACGAAUUUUCGUACACUAAAAAUUGGUAUGAAGGAGUGUUUACAAAUUCCACUAAGAUGUUUUCAAACGUCACCAGGUUACCGGACGUGGUCGUGUUUUUAAACACAUUAAACAACGUAUUAGAGACCCACACGUGCGUGCACGAAUGUGCCAAAAUGCUGAUACCUAGCAUAGGCAUUGUGGACACCAACUGUUCUCCAAAUCUGAUAACCUAUCCUAUUCCGGGAAAUGAUGACACCCCUUCUGCUGUUGAAUUAUACUGUAAACUUUUUAAAAUGACUAUUUUGAAUGCAAAACAGAAAAAGAGAGAGAUAAUGGAAAAGUUUAAAACUAAUGCAGAAUAAAAAUGUGUAUGUUUUGUAAAUAAAUUUUUAAU